UUGAGUCAGCCCUCAGUCUUGCGUUCACCAGCUCUGGUUCAGCACCGUUCACGAAUCUCGCUCACCGUUACCACCACCAGCGUCCCUUUUACCCGCCUUAAGGCCCCUCGCUCACUCUGUCGCCAACGUUGCGUCAUCACCAGUGGUUUUACCUCCUACACUUUUCUUCCUUGGUGCUCUUACCGGAACUUGUUCACAGUGUCUUGGAUUGUGCUCCGCGAUACGAUUUUUUAAGGAUUUCACUCUCUCGAGCUAAACGAGAAUCAGAUCAUAUUUCCCGAAGCGUUUGGAAUAAUCGGAUUCCUGUCACGAAGUACUUUUCAUCAUCUCACGAGUUUUACUGUAGGACGAUCUUCUAGCCAGUUUUUACUAAUCGUUGGACAUAAUGGGUAACAAGAGCAGCAAGUCUGUCAACAUCUCCACCCCCGGAAAGGGAGACGUCGCAGUCGACGAGAACAAUCACGUCGGAAAUGGCGACACUGGCAAAAAUGAAACCAACAACAUCAUUGAGGGGGCGAAGGAGCAAGUGAAGGAUCUGAUGAAGGAUAUUGCAAUAGAAGCCGUGAAGAAGGGCGAAGAAGUGAUGGCAGAAAAAGAAGCGGCGAAACCGAAGGAGAAGGAAAAUGAUGCUAAGGCCGAGACCAAGGAGGUGGCGAAGGACGAGACCGCUGAGCCGACCACUCCUGCCACCAAGGAGGGCGAAGAGGUCGACAAGAAAAAGGUCCAAAAGAAGCGAUCAAUCCGAAGCAGAUUAAGCUUUCUCAGCAAGGACAAGAAAGCCAAGAAGGAGAAACCCAAGCAAAACGGAGACGUUGAGAAGAAGGAGGGGGAGGAGGCAGCAGCAGCAGCAGAAGGUGCCGAAGUCAAGGCAGAGAAGCAAGAGAAUGGGACGAUUGUGAAGGAGGAGAAGCCAGAGGUGGAGGCCCCCAAGGUUGUCGUUCCCGUGGUCGAAGCGGUAGAGGAACCGGCGAAGGUUGAACCAAAAGUCGAAGAUGUCAAGGAGGAAGUGAAACCAGUGGUCGUGGAAAAAGUCGAGGAAACGAAAGUAGAUGAAAUCAAGGUCGAUGAAGUCCACCAUCAGGUCGAAGAAACAAUGGAGACAUCCAUCACGGAGAAAGUCGAAUCCCUAGUGGAAAGCAUCAGCAAAAUGGAGGUAAAAGAAGUUCAAGAGAUCACUGAAUCUAUCACUGAGAAGACCGUGGAGUCCAUCAAGGUAACAAAAGAGGCGAUGGAAGAAUUUACCGAGACCAUUACGAACGGAGUUUCGGAAAUAAAUGGGCAUAAAGAAGUGGUUUCUGCCGAAUGAGUAUCGCCACUCAUUCAUUCAUCAUUUCUUCUUCUACAUUCAUUCAACAAUUCUACAAAAAACUGUGCACCUACGUGUGAAAAAAAUUCUAAACAGCCAUCGCAAAUUAAUACUUACAGUAAUCUCUAAAAUUUAGAUGCUAGCUAUAUAAAGGAAAGGAAUUGAUCGCAGAUAGCAGUUGUUUAUAAGUUUAUACCUAAAACACGGUAAUCAUUAAGUUUAGAGACACGAUUAAUAAGCUCUACACAACAACUACCCAUUACUGGCUCUGCUGCAACAUUACAAAAGUAACAACGUUUUUCGAUACGAUUUAAACUGUAACAUUAACACAGUUUUCAUGUUUGUUGUUCUACUAAAGUUUUCAUGCUUUGAAUGUUGUACAUAUUAUUAGUAAGACGUUAGUACGUGGAUGCUAUUAUUAUUAUACCAGAAUCUAAGAUUGCACAAUUUUAGUUCUUAGCCUACAACUUAAGCAAGUUCAUUAUAACAAUAUCAACAACUGCGUAUCGUUAUUAAUUCUUAUGCGAACCAUGAUAUAUUCCUUUACCAAUUAAAUUAUUAUUAUUAUCAUUAUAAUUUUUGGAGAUAUUUUAGUAAUGCUUUGAUUCAUUUAAUUAAUGAAAAUAUUUUCUUAGUCUCAUGGAUAAAUUGAUUACAGAUUAUAGACAACAAAAAAUAUGCCUCAUUCACAUUCAGAUAAAUUUUUUCCCCUUCAAGUUUGUAGUCUUAUUGACGAGCAAUUGUUAACUAAAUUUUGCUAAAUAUAUAUGAAUAUAUUCUGCUCUGCAAUACAUGCGCUACCCACUGAUUAAUAAGUAUGAUAUAAGCGUAAUUUACAACAAUAAACUAUUUAGGCUUUUUAUCAAUUCGUAAUGUAGAUAAUAUGUGGAUGUGAAUCUAGGUCUUAAAUAAAUAAUCAUAAAAUGGA